AUGUCUCUUGUUGAACUUGUGCCAGAUCUUGACGCUGAAGCAGAAGCGACUGCUGAACAUAUAUUCAAGAUGCUGGAGCCUCAGGGGGGCUGGGACGUCGAUACAAUACGCCAAGGGCAUAAGAUCAUAGGUCGACUAUCUACCAAACUCGACGAGGUUUUCGCCAACAUCUCCCCGGGUACAAUCCCACCGUAUGAUAUGUCCGUCGGUGUCGGGUUUCCAACACCGAUCUUCAAUUCUCCAUAUCGCCGUGACGGCCUAGAUCCCGUUUUGACUACGCCUCCGCCUACAGACAGCAAUACAUAUGCCCAGCAGAUUACGGCUAACUUCCCUGCGACGCCAAUCCCUGAGAUGCUGGGCGAUCCUUCUAUAUCGCCCGUUAGAGGUAUUGAAAGACCCUCUAAGCGUCCCAGAACUGAAGGUAUCAUCGACAUAGAAUUGUUCGGAACGAUGUCGCGGCGUAACAAAGAAUCGAAGACACAGAGGAAACGGCCUGCGAGGCCCAAGACACAGAAGGGGGAACCGCCAUUGACAGUCGCGGUUCUAGCUACAAACAUCAAUGUACCGGGUUCCUGCUCAGAUGUGCAUGCAACUACGGAGGAACCGGAUUGUGCCCAAAGGUCCCAAGAGCCUCCUUCAGCUUUAGCGGGUCCGAGCAGCCACCAGCUUCAGAUUCAUCAUCCUCAGCCUGUCAUAGCGUGCUCCCCGUACCGGCCUCUUAAGCGAGACUACGCAUUCUACGGCAGUGCCAACUAG